AUGUCCCCAUCGAGACUCCUGCACUUGGCACAGAAGAGCCUGCUGGGUAAUGAGACCUUGGCCAUCCUUAGUCUGGAGCAGCUUCCCAGAGAGAUGUUCCCUGCACUGUUCCUGGAAGCCUUCAACAGGAGGCUCCUGAGCAUCCUGAAGGCCAUGGUGAGGGUCUGGCCCUUUGAGUUCCUCCCUCUGGGCGCCCUCAUGAAGAGUCCUCAGGUGGACAUCCUGAAAGCUGUGUUGGAUGGGCUCGACCUGCUCUGCGCCCAGAAAUCUCACUCCAGGAGGCUCCUGAGCAUCCUGAAGGCCAUGGUGAGGGUCUGGCCCUUUGAGUUCCUCCCUCUGGGCGACCUCAUGGAAUGGCCACAGGUGGACAUCUUGAAUGCUGUGUUGGAUGGUCUCGAUAUGAAGUACAUCCAGAAGUCUGACUGCAGGAGAGGGAAGCUGCAUGUGCUGGAUUUACGGGAUGCUGGUCUGAAUUUCUGGAAGGUGUGGGCUGAGUGCACGGAUGAUGCCUGCUCUCCUGAGCCCAAGGUGAGAAGACAGCCAGUGGAGCACAAGGGGCCCAAGUCAGCCUUGAAGGUCAUAGCAAACGUUAACCUCACCGAGGACACCCCUGAUGAGUUCCUCACGCACCUGUUUCAGUGGGUGAAGGAGAGAGCCAGCCUGGUGCACCUGUGCUGUCACAACCUGAUGAUCUCGCCAAAGAACAUUCACAGCUUGAGCAAAAUCCUGGACAUUCUGGAGCUUGGCUGCAUCCAGGAGGUGCAAGUGGACUCUGUCUGGCAACUCUCUGCCCUGGCGAAGUUUGCUCCCUACCUGGGCCGGAUGGGCAGCCUUCACAACUUGUGUGUCUCCCACCUCUGGUUCCCAACCCCCAUCACCCCAAAGGAGAAGGUGCAGUUCAACUCACAUUUCAGCUCCAAGCUAGCCAAGAUGCCCCACCUUUGCAGCCUUCACAUGGACUCUGUCGACUUCCUGGAGGACAACCUGGACCAGGUGCUCAGGUGCCUGAAGAACCCUCUGGAGGCACUGUCUGUAAUGAACUGCCUGCUGUCUGAAUCUGAUAUCCACUUUCUGUCCCAGUGCCCAAAACUCAGCGAACUCAAACACCUGCACCUGAGCGGUGUCAAACUGACCCACAUCAGCCCUGAGCCCCUCCGAGUUCUGCUUGAGAGAGUGGCAGCCAACCUCCUGACCCUGGAUUUGAUGGGCUGUGAGAUCACUGACUCCCAUCUCAAUGCCAUCCUGCCUGCCCUGAGCCAGUGCUACCAACUCACCACCUUAAGUUUUUAUGGGAACAGAAUCUCCAUGGCCAUGAUGGAGGAGCUGGUGGAGCACACGGGCAACCUCAGUGCUCUGAGAGUGGAGCAGUACCCAGCUCCCCUGGAGAUUUACAACACCCAGGGCAUUGUCCAGCGGGAGAGGUUUUUCCAUCUCUGUAGAGCGUUGAUGGGUAUGCUGAAAAGAAUAAGAGAGCCUAAGAAGGUUAUGUUUAGUACAGACCCCUGUGGGAAUUCUGCAAAAUGGAUGGUGUUUUACCAAUGCGAACCUAAUUUUUACAAAUGCUACCUGCUGGAAUAA